CACAAUAGCAGCAACCAGCGAGCAGUGUAUAGUAAUGGUUAUAUGGUUAUGGUGGAGAACGCACACACCAUACAAUAAAGUAAAAGCCAACAAGAAGAGCGAGCCAGUGGAGGUUGUCCAACGGCAUACCAGAACGAAGAUACUUUCGGGACUCUAGACGUUACUCUACCAAUCGCCUAGAGGGCUUCUCCAGAGCCCAACCACUCCAAGAUCCACGAGGUCCCCAAGUGUCACUUUGUCCAACUGCCUCCAACUGCCUCCGAUCCAACAUCUAUCCAGUUAAGGUGAGGACAGUCAACUGACACUAUUUAAAUCCUUCCUAUCCUUCUACUCUUCCUAUUCUUCCUCUCCUAUUUGUCUUUUUCCUGUAAAUUCAACCUAAAUACUGCUCUUGUUUCCUUGAGAAGUAUUUACAAUCCUUGGUGUCUGGCUGUCUGACUUGUACUCCUUUCCGAGGGUCUGUUGUUCGCUGACCGGUUAACAGAUCCUUCUUAUUUUGUGGGAAGUAUUUUUUUAAAUAAACCAAAGUUUGGUUGUUGUUAUUGAUAUUUGUGGUCGAAUAAGUGUCGAGUGAAGUUUUGGUUUUAUUUGACUGGUGACUUGGUGAAUCGGUUAACAGAUCAUAAUGACCUGUGUGUAAAAACUUCCAAGGAAUUUUUAUUGUUUUUUGUUAGUUUUUAAAAGAUGGCAGCGAGGGGUGGAUUCAUUUGGAUAAACAUCAUAGCCAUAAACAUUCUGGUGAAGACAAUAGUUGCCGGGCCGCUAUACCCGCAAUUAAUUACUAAUGGCAAUGGAAGAAACAUCCGUCAUCUGCCGUGUGUCUCGCUGAGAACCGGUGAAACAGGAGUCUGCAUGUUUGCCUUCAACUGCGUAAAAGCCAACGGAACUCAUCUCGGUACUUGCUUAGACCGCUUUUACUUCGGAAGCUGCUGCAAGUUGAGCGACGAGCCAUAUGUAUCGCCACAAGACAAUGCGAUCGAGGACUUGCCGUCCAUUCAAUCCGUUCAAUCUACCCCGGUAUUUUUGUCGACCGGUAAACCGAUCGAGAGCAACGACAUACCGGACAUAAAAAUAAAACCAAAACCCAAUCCCGAGAGUUUUCCCUCUUCAACUGGGAAGCCUUCUCCUUCUCCAUCACCUUUAUCAUCCUCUCCAUCUCCUUCUUCUUCUUCUUCUUCUUCUUCUUCUUCAACCACCAGGUUAACCACCAAAUUGACCACCAAGCUACCCUCAACAAUAACUAAAUCUCCGCCUACUCAAAAAACGACAAUCAGAACAACAACAACAACAACAACAACAAGACCAUCGAGUAUUAGUACGCCUUACACAACAACUCAGCCCUCUGUCUUCUCAACAUUCCAAACUGUCCAAGACGUCCACGAGACUUACACUCCAAUCACCUUGCAAACAACCAGCAAGCCUUUUACAUCCACUACUACCGAUCGAAAUCCUCCUGGUACAAGAUUUCCGCCUCGAAAUGCAACAACGUCUUCAUCUUCAUCUUCACCCAGACCGACAACUCUGAAGAUAACAACUCUAAAGACAACAACAUCUAGACCUGCUACCAAAAGACCUUCUACCACCAAAAGACCUAUAAAAAAGCCAAUCUCUACAACUCCCAAGCCUUCUUCUACCAAUUCAACCUUCGCCAAACCUUCAAAGCCUUCAAAACCCCCCACUACAGCUACAUUCACCAAAAAACCGGCUGAUCCAAUAAAAACAACCGUCAAGCCGAUUAAAUUAUCCACAACGUUAAAAACAACUACUGAAAAAAUAACAACCACUGAAAAAUUAAGUUCUACUACGUCAGUACCAACAACUUUGAUUUCUUCGACGACAACUGUUCCAACAACAACCACAACAACAACAACAUCGCUGAAGAUAACUUCUACGGAAGUUCAAAAUACAACUGAACUAGAAACAACCGAAAGAAGCUCAACUCCUGGGUUCAUUACUUGGAGCUCGAAUUCUGACGAAGAAACUACUAAAUUUCCGACAUCUUUUACUGCUUCUACUACUACGACGACGAUGACUACGACAGAAGCUCCGGCUACCACAACGGCGAUUCCAAGCUCGUCUUCAACAUCUAACACAACGACAACUCAACUAGAAGAAGUUACAGAACCAGAAUGGUCACCGAUAACUACACCAGACGGUUGGAUAAUGAUCCAAUCCCCGAGUACCGAAAAGCCCGGAAAUGAAAACGAACCUGUUAUCACGAAUGUUAUCGAACCAAAGCCUACUAAAAUCCCUUCUACUGUUCCAGAAUUGGUAGAGCUGACAACAGAAGCUUCAACGAUUCAGACGACACAACCACCUGUAUCGACUGCUGAUUCUGGAGCAUCGACGAUCAGUAUAAGCACAUUUAAACCAGAUCUGGAUAGUGGAGUUUCUCCAGAAACGGCAGCAGCAUGGCUCAACAUGUCCGAUUUCAAACAAGUUUGCGGGAGAAGAUUGUUCCCAGAAUCAAGAAUCGUCGGUGGUGAAGGAAGCUCUUAUGGCAAGUGGCCGUGGCAGAUUUCUUUGAGACAAUGGAGAACAGGCACAUUCCUUCACAAAUGCGGGGCUGCUUUGUUGAACGAAAAUUGGGCAAUAACUGCUGCUCACUGUGUUGAAAACGUACCACCAGGUGACUUAUUAUUAAGAAUGGGAGAACAUGAUUUAGCAAAUGAAAAUGAACCUUAUGGUUAUCAAGAAAGACGCGUUCAAAUAGUUGCAAGUCACCCGCAAUUUGAUCCAAGGACUUUUGAAUACGAUCUUGCUCUCCUUCGUUUUUACGAACCGCUUUUACCAUUUCAACCAAAUCUUUUGCCAAUUUGUCUCCCGGAUGAUGAUGAAGGUUACGUUGGUCAUACUGCCUAUGUUACUGGCUGGGGUAGACUCUACGAUGAGGGUCCUUUACCAUCGGUGCUUCAGGAAGUUCCUGUACCUGUUAUCAAUAAUUCAAUGUGCGAGGGUAUGUACAGAAAUGCUGGGUACAAUGAGCACAUACCCAACAUAUUCAUUUGUGCCGGCUGGAGGAAUGGAGGCUUUGACUCUUGCGAGGGCGACAGCGGGGGUCCAAUGGUAAUUCAGAGACCGCGUGACAAGCGGUGGAUCCUCGCGGGAGUAAUUAGCUGGGGGAUUGGAUGCGCCGAGCCGAACCAACCUGGCGUUUACACGAGAAUCUCUGAGUUCAGAGAGUGGAUUAAUCAAAUCCUACAAUUUUAAAUAAUAUUUAUUUUUAUUUAAUUUAACUAAUGGAUUAUCAUUUUAAUCUUAAUGAUUUAUUAUGAUUAUCUGUGUAAAAGUGAUGAAUGAUUACUACAAUCGAACAAUUUU